AUGGUUACGUCAGGGUGGGGGGCGUGGGCCCUCUCCCCCCGUGGCCUUGUGCUGGUCAUCUGUUGGUCUGUGUGUCUGUCCCAGCAGCCUCACGUCAAACCAGCAGACUGCAGUCGAAAGGAGCAUCCUGUUGUCUCCUACCAAGCGUUGAGGCCGUGGGUGUCGGAGUUCUCCCAUCCAGGAGUGAAGGAUUUCUCCCAGCUGGCUCUGGACCUGAGCAGAAACCAGCUGGUGGUGGGAGCAAGAAACUUCCUCUUCAGACUGAGUUUGAGCAAUGCCUCGCUCAUACAGGCGACAGAAUGGGCACCUGAUGAAGACACGAAGCGCUCAUGUCAGAGCAAGGGGAAGUCUGAGGAGGAGUGUCAAAACUACAUCCGAGUUUUGCUGAUAAGCGGGAGGACGCUCUUCACGUGCGGGACCAAUGCCUUCACCCCCGUCUGCAUAACCAGGCUGGUCGAUAACGUCAGUCAGGUGUUGGACACAGUGAACGGUGUCGCCCGGUGUCCCUAUGACCCACGCCACAACUCCACCGCCAUGGUAACGGAGAGGGGAGAGUUGUACGCGGCCACGGUGAUCGACUUCUCUGGACGGGACCCUGUCAUCUACCGGAGCCUGGGGAACAUGCCGCCGCUGCGCACCGCCCAGUACAACUCCAAAUGGCUGAACGAGCCUCAUUUUGUCUCGGUGUAUGAGAUCGGUCGCUUUGCCUACUUCUUCUUGAGAGAAACUGCGGUUGAAAAUGACUGCGGGAAGAUGGUGUUCUCUCGCGUGGCGCGGGUCUGUAAGAACGACAUGGGGGGGCGUUUCCUCUUGGAGGACACGUGGACCACCUUCAUGAAGGCCCGGCUCAACUGCUCACGCUCUGGAGAAAUCCCCUUUUACUACAACGAGCUCCAGAGCACCUUUUACUUACCUGAGCAGGACCUGAUCUACGGCAUCUUCACCACCAACGUGAACAGCAUAUCAGCUUCUGCUGUCUGCGCCUUCAACCUGAGCUCCAUCACCCAGGCCUUCAAUGGACCCUUCCGCUACCAGGAGAACCCGCGCACCGCCUGGCUCUCCACCCCAAACCCCAUACCCAAUUUUCAGUGUGGGGUUCUGGAGGAGGGAGGCCCCAGCGGGAACCUGACAGAGCGCAGCCUCCAGGACGCCCAGCGGCUCUUCCUCAUGAACGACGUGGUCCAACCGGUCACCGUCAACCCUCUGCUCACCCAGGACAACCUGCGCUUCUCCAAGAUGGUCGUGGACAUUGUACAGGGGCGAGACACCCUCUACCAUGUCAUGUACAUCGGCACUGAAUACGGCACCGUCCUGAAGGUUCUCUCCACAACCAAUAAAAGCCUUCACGGCUGCUACCUGGAGGAGCUCAGGAUUCUCCCUGAAGGGCAAAUCAGACCAAUCAAGAGCCUGCAAAUCCUGCACGGUGACAGAUCCUUGUUUGUUGGGCUCGAUGACAGACUGGUGAAGAUCCCGUUAGAGCGCUGCUCCAGCUAUCCAGCUGAACGCCAUUGCAUGGAGGCUCGGGACCCGUACUGUGGCUGGGAUCACAAACAGAAGCGCUGCACCACCAUCGAGGGGAGCUCCAACAUGAACCAGUGGACCCAGAACAUCACCGAGUGCCCAGUGAGGAACCUGACACAGGAUGGCGGUUUUGGUCCUUGGGCACCAUGGCAACCUUGUAACCACGAUGACGGGGAGGGCUCCGUCAGCAGCUGCGUGUGUCGGUCCCGCUCUUGCGACGGGCCCGUGGCGCGAUGCGGCGGGGUCAAAUGUAAGGGCUCAACUAUCCAGGUGGCGAACUGUUCCAGGAAUGGCGGCUGGACUCCCUGGUCCUCAUGGGGCCAGUGCAGCAGCAGUUGUGGUAUCGGAUUUGAAGUGCGGCAGCGGUCCUGCAACAACCCCUCACCUCGCCACGGGGGUCGAAUCUGUGUCGGCCAGGGUCGAGAAGAGAGGCUGUGCAAUGAGAAGAAGCCCUGUCCUCUGCCGGUGUUGUGGACGGCAUGGGGGCCCUGGGCUCACUGCAGUGCUGAGUGUGGAGGGGGCGUCCACUCCAGGACCAGAGUUUGUGAGAAUGGCAACGGCUGUCCUGGAUGUUCUACGGAGUACAAGGCCUGCAACCUGGAGGCCUGCCCUGAGGUGCGCCGCAACACCCCCUGGACCCCCUGGAUGCCGGUCAACGUCAGUCAAGAUGGGUCAAGGCAAGAGCAGAGGUUCAGAUACACCUGUCGGACGCUGCUCCCUGACCCCCAGCAGCUCCAGCUGGGCAAGAAGAAGGUGGAGACACGGUUCUGCCCCAAUGACGGGUCUGGAGCCUGCCAGACUGACUCUCUGGUUGAAGACUUGGUGAAGACUAGUGGGCGAACUCUGUCCCAGCCCCAAGGCGUGCGCUGGGGAUCAUGGGAAACCUGGUCCAGCUGCUCUCAGCAGUGUUCCAGAGGCUUCCGAACCCGGAAGCGCAGCUGCUCGACGGCAGAGGGAAGGACCAACCCCAGCGCCUGCGUGGGAUCCCCAGUGGAGUACCAGGACUGCAACAUUCAACCCUGUCCAGUGAGUGGAGCCUGGUCUUGCUGGUCUGCCUGGUCCCAGUGCUCGGCCAGCUGUGGGGGCGGACACUACCAGCGGACUCGGACGUGCAGUAGUCCUCCCCCUGCCGGUGGAGGAGACAUCUGUAUAGGCCUGCACACGGAGGAGGCGCUCUGUAACACACAUGUCUGUGAAGGUUGGGCUGAAUGGACGGAGUGGGGCGACUGUGACGAGGAGGGCCUGCAGCAUCGCUCUCGACGCUGCGGUGAGGACCAGGAGGCCUCUGCUGGCCUCUGCCAGGGCAACGUCACCCAGUCGAGGCCCUGCCAGCCUCAUGAGGUGCCGGUUAUUUUACCCGGACAGGAGGACCAGAGCUGUGGAACCUUUACUUUGUUCCAGCUGGUAGCUGUGGGCUCUGCCAGUUUCUUUGCAGCAGCGUUGCUGUCGGCACUUGCCUACUCCUACUGCUACCACGUGAACCGGCCGUCGGCAGAGUCGGCAGUCAUCCACCCCAGCACACCCAACCACCUCACGUACAACAAGCAGGGCAACGCCACGCCAAAGAAUGAGAAGUACAUCCCCAUGGAGUUUAAGACGUUAAACAAGAACAAUCUCCACGUGAACGACGAGACGUGCAACCACUUCCCCUCCCCGCUGCCCUCCAGCAACAUGUUCGCCACCACCUACUACCCGACCAGCCUGAGCAAGUACGACUUCCACCCAGACUCGCCCUGCAGGACCUACAUGCACAGCUGAGGCUCCGAACGCAAAUCACCCCUGUUACUCACCCAAUCACCACCCUGGAGAGCGUCCUCGUUCAAUACAAUACCUGAUAGAUUACCCCCGGGUUAAAGUAAACACCAAAAUUCUCAUGCCACAGUCAGAUUUGUAGAACUGCUCAAGUGAUAUCUUUGCAUGUAGAUAUUUUGGGUUUUAUUUGCAGAGGUUUUCAAAUUAAUUGGCUCUUAAUUACAUAAUGAGUACCAUUUAUGAGUUGCUACAGCAUGCAACGAUAUUCAAGGUGUAGAACAGACAGCGCUGGCAUGUGAAAUUUCAGUCAAUCUCAUGCAUGCCAUCUCAGAUAGCGUGCAUGACGGGCCAAUCGCAGACAAGGAGCUGUGUGUUAGCAGGUCAGCUGCCUUGUGUCAAACUUUGGGACACACAUGUGUGCAAGCUACAGCGGAGCAAUUUCACAAGCCCUGAUCAACCGACGCAAGAGGUCUGCAGCAGCCUUGACUUCCCCAAAGAGGGCCCGUGUUUUGAUCUCUCAAUGAAACCCGCAGUGCAGGGGUCCCCUUCCUCUUUCUUCCCCAACCCCGAGGUGCUGUUUGUGCUCACAGCAGUGUGAAAGCAGGGUAGAUCUCAGACUUCUUAUGCACCUGGAUUUCCACUGGUUGAGAGGAGUUUCAUCCACUGGUUUCUGGGGAUUUUUUCCUCAUUUUCAGCAGGUGGGUUCAGAGGACUCACUAAUCCCAUAAACUGCCUGUUGAUAUCUGUGAUAAAAACCAGACAAGUGAAUUAGUGAGUUGUGAGAAACACCCACACUUCACCCUUCACUGUGCAUGACUGGAUGAAAGAGACGAACAGAGACUUGCACAUUUCUGUCUUAUUUGCUUUAAUUUUCAUGUUUAGUCCACAAUGGAAAACAACACUGAAAAGGACGUUUGUGACA